CAGGGCGGGGCUCUCCUCCGGGUCCGGCAGCUGAAGCUAGGCGCUCGGCUUCUCCCUGCAGCGACGCCCCCUGGUCCCCCCGGUCCCGCCGCUGCUCCCGCCCCUUCGCUCCUCGGCCGCGCCAUGGGCACCCGCGACGACGAGUACGACUACCUCUUCAAAGUUGUUCUUAUUGGAGAUUCUGGUGUUGGAAAGAGUAACCUCUUGUCUCGAUUUACUCGAAAUGAGUUUAAUCUGGAAAGCAAGAGCACCAUUGGAGUAGAGUUUGCAACAAGAAGCAUCCAAGUUGAUGGGAAAACAAUAAAGGCACAGAUAUGGGACACGGCAGGGCAAGAGCGAUACCGAGCUAUAACAUCAGCAUACUAUCGUGGAGCUGUAGGUGCCUUACUGGUCUAUGACAUUGCUAAGCAUCUCACAUAUGAAAAUGUGGAGCGAUGGCUGAAAGAACUGAGAGAUCACGCUGAUAGUAACAUUGUCAUUAUGCUUGUGGGCAAUAAGAGUGAUCUACGUCAUCUCAGGGCAGUUCCAACAGAUGAAGCAAGAGCUUUUGCCGAAAAGAAUGGUUUAUCAUUCAUUGAGACAUCUGCUCUAGACUCUACAAAUGUAGAAGCUGCUUUUCAGACAAUUCUAACAGAGAUAUACCGCAUUGUUUCUCAGAAGCAAAUGUCAGACAGACGUGAAAAUGACAUGUCUCCAAGCAACAACGUGGUUCCUAUUCAUGUCCCACCAACCACUGAAAAUAAGCCAAAGGUGCAAUGCUGUCAGAACAUCUAAGGCGAUCCUCUGCUCCCCUAGAAGGCUGUGUAUAGUCCAUUUCCCAGGUCUGAGAUUUAAAUAUAUUUGUAAUUCUUGUGGUCACUUUUGUGUUCUUACUUACUUCCUCAUACUUAUAGAUUUCUCCAUGUCUUACGUCUCUUGAUUUUAGCUUUAUAAAAUCAUCCACUUUGUCCCGAAUGACUGCAGCUGUUUUUCAUGCUAUGGCUUCAGUAGCCUUAGUUUAAUAAACUGAAUGUUUGAAUUCCUCAA